UUAUAGUCAGUUGUUAUCUGUUAUCACUUAUGCGUAGUUAGUAGUGGUAGUUGUUAGUUCCUUUUAGCUUCAAGUUUUUUAAAGAUAUUCAAAAUCAACCCCUUCAGCCUGUAAAUAUUCCAAAUUCACCGACUCGAAGGCCUAGAUUUUUUUUUCUCAAAAAUGAGUAUCAGAAAUAAACGCUCUAAACAAGAAAAUGUGAUUCAACCCUUGACACAGCUCAUUUCUUACAUUGAAGAAACGACUAUUCUGUCGGACUGGAUGUCCCAGUUACCAGCUGAACGUUUCAAUAUACCACUCAUUUACCUAGCAAUACCUGGUUCUCAUAAUUCUCUGACUUACACUAUUAAAAAAUAUGCCAAGUUUUCUCCUGAUGUCACCUUCCUUUUUAAAAAGCCGAUACCGGUUUGCAUACGUCCUUUGAUUUUUCGAUGGUGUAAAACGCAGGAUCUCAGCAUUAGGCACCAACUGGAAAAUGGAAUUAGGUACAUCGAUGUCAGAAUUUGUACUAAACAGAAGAGCCUGGAUUUGUUUAUCGCACACGGAAUGUACGGAGGGACGGUUAGACCAGAGCUCGAAGAGAUCAACACAUUUCUCAACAGCCAUCCAAAAGAAGUCAUUAUAAUUGAUUUCCAACAUUUCCAUUCGAUGGACAAAGACCACCAUGAUAGGCUAAUUGACAUAAUUAAGGCUACCUUUGGCAGUAAGAUCUGUCCUGUUCCACCCACCUCAGUUGAAAGCGCUACACUGAACUACAUGCACUCGAACAAUUACCAAGUCAUUAUAAUUUACCGUUCGAAUACAAUAAUAUGUGAUAUAUUUUGGCGAGGCACUCAAUGGCCAACGUUCUGGCCUGCGACAAUGAACCCGAAAGAUAUGAUAAAUAUGUGUGAAAAUGCCAUCAGGAGGCGCAAGUCGAGCAGUGGUCUUGUAUCGCAGGGCGUCCUCACUGCAAAAGCGACCACCAUCAUGUGCCCGACUGGUAGCGUUAGAAAGUCAUGUGCGCACAAAGCGCUCAUCCCAAUGAUGGAGUGGCUAAAUCACUGCUAUAAAGACAACCUUCGUGUCAAUGUUGUAAUUGCUGAUUUUGUCAAUUAUCAUAACAAUUUAUUAAUUAAGGGCGUCAUAUCAUUGAAUUAUCGAGAACAGAUUCCUCAAUUAGAAAUUGGUUAAGAAAAACGUUGCAUUUUAUAUUCCACACAAGUUCACUUGACAUAGGCUAGUAUUUAUUAGUAUUUCUUUGCUUUAGUAGAAAAAAGAAAUUUCUAAUGUGCUAGAUUAAAAAAAAAGUGCCUUUAUGAUGAAAUCUUUUAUCAAUCAUCACAAUUUAUUCAUACAAUCACACAAUUUUUAAAAAAUAAAAUUUUAAUGAAUGAUACACAUCUUGCAAAUGAACAUUUAUUUAAAUCAAGUUUAUUUCUUUAAGUAGUUAUUUACCAAAAGGGGGAAAAAGGAAAAAUCCCUCAUGAUGAUAUUAUGCACACAAUAGAUAUAAUGUUAAUAACUAUAUCAUCACGAAUGCAUGUACAACAUGAAAAAUAAUGUUUCCAAAGCCUAAUUUUUGCAGAUAAACUAACAUGUUUAAAUUGAAUUGUUCCAAAAAAAAUAGAAAUACGAUAUUAAGAUAAAAAACAUUUUACAGUUACAUAUUUGAAUUUUUUUCCAACUGAUAAGUUGAAGUUUGUUAUAAAUUUUUUUUUCCUUUAAAUUUUUUCAUGUAUAAAAUUAGGUUUUGCUGUUAACAACAAACCAUUCACCAAAUGGCAUAAUUUGAAUAAUUAAUUUAUUCGACACUAUAAACUAAAAUUUUUUGACCUUUCCUUCCUUUUUAGUUUUAUGUUGGCUGAGCGCCCAGUUCUUUUUCACAUUUAGAUCUUAUAUUUAACCUAGAAGUACUUCUCUAAUGAUUUAUUUUGCAUUGCUAUUGAAAAAAAUAUUAUUUUUAUAUUUACAAUUUACUGUACUAUUUAGUAACUUUAUUUUUUUCACUAUUUUUUUAAUAUAUUAGUGAUUUUUUGCCUGUAGUACUUGAAUUUAGUGAAUAGUGUAUUGUGGCUUGACUUGAAGCUUUCCUUUAUAAUUAUCGAAUACUUAAUUAAGUACUAUGUCAAUAAAUAAAUAGCUUCAUACAAGUUACACAUAUCUCAAGUUCCUAGUUAAUUUUUUUGUGUUAUGAAAGCGAAUAGUGAAUAUGUUAUGCAGAAUUAUUGGCUGUGAGUUAAUUAUUAUUUAAAACCAAAGUUUAAUAUUACCUCCAAGAAAAAAGAAAGUGACAAUUUUUGCAUAAGUUUUUG